AUUCACAGUGCACAGAUGGCUAUAAAUUUGACAUGGAACGACAAGAAUGCAAAGGUAAGAGGUGCUUCUCAGCACUUUGUCAAAUGUCCUUGCACGUUUCUGACUUAAUGAAUAGAUUAAUUAGUAGAUGAAUUGAAUAGCACUGUGGAAGAGAUACUAUCAGUUCUAGCAGACACCGAUACAGUAUGUGUAUACCAAUGUUAAACGUUAAUUAUUGAGUCCUACUGAGCAAGCAUAUUGAUGGUGGAGGUGGUGGUUUUCCUGGCAAACCCAUGCAGACUUGGUGGUGUUACACUCCGACCAGACCUGUGUUCAAAUACUAUUAGUUUUUUUCUAACUUGGAGUGACAGGUGGGUGGGAUUUGCACUUUUGGGGCUAUUCCACUGGUUUCAUUGCGCCAGGCAAGCUCAAUCAAGCGCAGCUUAAGUAGAAAACAAACCGUGGCUUACUAUAUGAACCUAGGUCUGACUGUCUGUGACCGCGGUCCUCCCCUUUUCAGACAUCAACGAGUGUACCACGGUGCCCGACGCCUGCAAGGGCGGCAUGAGGUGCAUCAACCAUUUCGGAGGCUACUUCUGCCUGCCCCAGAAUGCCCAGAUCAUCAUCAGUAACGGUGACGACGAGCCCACCGUGACCCCUCGGGUGGAGGCACAGCCUCCUCUGGUACCCGCCCCUGCUCUGCCUGUCCGACGGGUCAUCCAGAGCUCCUUCCAAAGCCCGGGCACCAUGCAGUGUGCCGCGGGGUUCGUGGUGGACGAGCUCAACUACUGCCGAGGUAAGAGUAAGCCCACGCAACUUGCUGGGGCAUGUUUAUUAGGAUUCGGGCUCACUAUAGUCAAAUGUUUAAAAAAACAUUUUGAAACUGAAAAUGGGUGUUUCUUAUUGGACAAAUAUCCUGAUUCGUUAUGGAAGUGUCCAGCAUCAUUUUAAUCCUACGUACAGAGAUCCCAUCAGUCCCUGACUGAUGUAAUUUGAAGUAAAUAGGAAUGGAUCUGCCAAACAGUUUUUGACCAGAGGUUGAUUCUUAUAAGCGGACUGUGGUGAAGUGCAGUGCAGUUAUACAAACUCAGCAUUGCAGGGGCCCUAGUUUGAAUGAGCAAUCCCAGCAGGCAGAUUUCCCUCUGGAAUACUACCGAUGCUAGCUUAGGAACAACUAUUGAGGAAAAAGAUAGCCAUCUCAGAUUGUCAUUCAGUCACAUUCAGGAUUCAUUCCAAUUGGAAUUCAUUCAAAUUGAUUGCAGUCCCUUUAGAGCACUUUGUAUGAAAACAGUUCAAGUGAAAUUCCUUACUGGCACUGAAUAUCUUACACUACACCUAGUCCUAUUUUGUUAAGCCAAUAACACAGUAUAUAAACGAUGCAAUUAACUGGACCGUUUGAACAGUUUAUGCGCUGUCUGCAGGUUAUGAAGAUGCAUUGUAUUUGAUCUGUAAAGUGGGGAACCACUUAACUUCCAUUUACCCCUUUGCUCUCUUUCUUUGGAUGAUGCAUUUGUAGCCGUCAUUAAAGAAUGUCCUCAUUUGUCUCUGUGUAUGUAUGCAUGCGUGUGCAUGCAUGUGUGUGUGUGUGUGUGUAUGUGUGUGUACGUGCAUGUGGGUGCGUCCUCCAAUCUCCUGUUGGCAAAGGCGCAAGAUUUUAGUCAAGUUGCAACAUGCCAAAUCCUGGCGGUAGAGGCAAACAAUUGCUGUUACAUAAACCAUUCAAUCAACAUGGGGCGACAGCCAAGCUAAGCUCAGGGAAGGAAGGAGAUGGUAGCCAACAACACAUUCCUGAAACAUAUUUUUUUCUCAUUUAAUCAUAUUGUUUCUUUCAUCAGAGGGACUGUCCUUAAGUUGGAGUGAUGCACAAACUAAAGGCAGACAGAUUUGUGGUAUUAUGAUAUGUACUGUACAGUAUUAUACAGUGUCAGAUACAAGAUCAAAAUGGUGCUACAUCUCCGAAAGAAAUGGCAUUAGUGAUCUGCAUUAAUACUUUUCCAGUUUGUCAUCACAGUCAAAACCUACACUGUUACCAAGGAAGAUUAUUGCAGUGUCUGUCCAAUCCAUUAAAGUAUUUUUGUUUUCUGUAGUUUGAGCUAUUUAACAUGUUCCUGAUCUGUGAGUCUGGUAACUAAUGCUAAUAAGAACAUGGUACUUGGCCAUUAAUAAAAGUUCACAGGGCGGGAUUCAAGUGCAACACUCCAGCCGUAAUUCUUCAAUGUUUACAGAUCUGGAAAGGUGUGUGUAUACACUGUGGUGUGUGGUAUUAUUUCAACGUUGUAUUUCUGGCAAAUCCUGGCAAGAAGUACUAUAUUUGAAGGUGUCCUGUUCUUUGCACUCUUAUUUCUGGCACAGUGUGUUAAUUACACUCUAUUAUGCUACAUAAAACUAAAGUUUGAUUGCAGGAUUGGUUCACCUCUGUCAGCAUGUCACCUUGUCACUGGUCUUAAUUCAUCUCUAGGAAAAAAAGGUUGUAGGGCGACAGUAUCGUCACUUUUUCCCCGCAUACAUGCUGAGUGGAGGCCAGCUUUGAUCAUUAGGGCAAUUCACCUCCCAAUCCCGCUGCCACCAGCCAAAAGCAGGGUCAGCUGGGCUUUGUUAACUGGAAGUGUGUAUGAGUGUGUGCCUGUGUGUGUGUAUAGUUGAAAGGGGAACUUGUUUACACAGACUUCCAGCCUCCAGGAUGACAUAAUUCUCACAUUGUGUCCAUCACUGUCGUCACCAAAUGAAUUACAUCAGCAGGGUAGCCUGGUCCCAGAUCUGUUUGUGCUGUCAAUGAUCAUAGCAUUUGGCAAUACAGCACAAACAUAUCUGGGACCAGGCUAGGGUAUGAGGGGAUUGGAUGCUUUGUGCCUUUGAGCUUUCUGAACAGACUUGGUGUUCUCUCCCACACGUGUAACACCUCCGACUCCCUGUAUAUGAAUCCCCUAUUUUUAGCAAGUUGUAUAUAGAGACCACCCAGGAGUGGGAUUGCAAGGGAACGUUGUCUGUGUUCCAUUCAGAAAAUUGCUUUUGUUGAACCAGGAAACGGAAUAUCAGAAUGUGUGGAUAGGCAUAUUAGGGGUCCAGACUGCAGAGUGUGUUUUGGAGCAACUUGUCCCAUGAAAUUUUGCCCAUGUUCUUUUUUAGAUAACAAAAAUAAAUGGUAAAACAUGUAACUAGCAGUUGGAUAUUUUUAUAGGAGUUGGUUUGAAUUAGGUGUGCCCAGGGGUGAAUAAUGAAUAAUAGUACCAAGGAAACAGAAAGUGCAACCAAAUCAGGUGAAUUCAGUUGAAGUCUGUUUUUGUUGCAUGAAGGACUUUAUAUCCAGCCUGUUAUUAUGUCAAAUCAAAUCGAAUCAAGCUUUAUUUAUACAGCACAUUUUAGACAUGGAAGCAACACAAUGUUCUUUACAGGAAAACAAAACAAGAAAACAAUGAAAAUAAAACAUAUUUACUACAUAACAAACAUAAGAGGAUAAAAAACAAAAUAAUAACAAUAAAAACUGAAUGACUGAAAAGCACCCUAAGGAAAGCAAAGCUAAAAAGGUGUGUUUGAAGUUUUUUUUUUUAAUGGCCAGUUUCAGCCCCCCACAGGUUCUCUUGCAGGCUAUUCCAGAGGCUGGGGGCAUAGUAACUAAAGGCUGCCUCUCCAUGCCUCUUGGUCCUAGGCUUUGGGAUAGUUAAAAGGCCAGUGCCAGAGGACCUGAGGUACAUAACUUAAAAGCAUGUCUGACAUGUAUUGGGGUGCACAAUCGUGGAUUGAUUUAAAAACCAAUAGAAUAAUCUUUAAAUGUAUUCUAAAACUCAUAGGCAACCAGUGCAGACCUUAAAACCGGGGUAGAAGCUGUUUAGAAGCCUCUUGGACCUAGACUUGGCGCUCCAGUACCGCUUGCCGGUAGCAGAGAGAACAGGCUGGAGUCUUUGACAAUUUUUAGGGCCUUCCUCUGACACUGCCUGGUAUAGAGGUCCUGGAUGGCAGGAAGCUUGGCCCCAGUGAUGUACUAGGCCAUACGCACUACCCUCUGUAGUGCCUUGCGGUCGGAAGCCGAGCAGUUGCCAUACCAGGCAGUGAUGCAACCAGUCAGGAUGCUCUCGAUGGUGCAGCUGUAGAACCUUUUGAUGCAGCAUUCUGUAUGUUUUGCAGUUGACCAAUGGCUUUCUUGGGUAGACCAGACAGGAGAGCAUUACAGUAGUCAAUCCUGCUUGUAAUAAAAGCAUGGAUAUCUCUCUGUAUCAGCCUGAGAGAGAAACGGAGGCACCUUAGCAAUGUUCCUCAGGUGGUAAAAAGCUAUUUUGGUCACAUUCCUAAUGUGUGAUUCGAAACUGAGUUCAGAAUCUAAAAUAACAGCUAGGUUUUUUACCUGGUGUUUUGUCUUUAUUGCCCAUGAAUUAAAAUGUUUGGCCAGAUUCUCUCUCUGUGCUUUGGCUCCAAACAAUAAGUACCUCUGUCUUUUCUUGAUUUAGCUGGAGGAAGUUGUGAGCCAUCCAAGUAUUUAAAUCACUAAUACAGUCUAAUAAUUUAUCCGUGGAUCUAAAAUCCUCUGGUGACACGGAAAUGUGAAGUUGUGUAUCGUCUGCGUAGCAGUGAAAAUCAAUGCUGUGCUUUCUGAUAACGCUGCCAAGGGGUAACAUAUAUACAGUGGGGGAAAAAAAGUAUUUAGUCAGCCACCAAUUGUGCAAGUUCUCCCACUUAAAAAGAUGAGAGAGGCCUGUAAUUUUCAUCAUAGGUACACGUCAACUAUGACAGACAAAAUGAGGAAAAAAAAUCCAGAAAAUCACAUUGUAGGAUUUUUAAUGAAUUUAUUGGCAUAUGAUGGUGGAAAAUAAGUAUUUGGUCAAUAACAAAAGUUUCUCAAUACUUUGUUAUAUACCCUUUGUUGGCAAUGACACAGGUCAAACGUUUUCUGUAAGUCUUCACAAGGUUUUCACACACUGUUGCUGGUAUUUUGGCCCAUUCCUCCAUGCAGAUCUCCUCUAGAGCAGUGAUGUUUUGGGGCUGUCGCUGGGCAACACGGACUUUCAACUCCCUCCAAAGAUUUUAUAUGGGGUUGAGAUCUGGAGACUGGCUAGGCCACUCCAGGACCUUGAAAUGCUUCUUACGAAGCCACUCCUUCGUUGCCCGGGCGGUGUGUUUGGGAUCAUUGUCAUGCUGAAAGACCCAGCCACGUUUCAUCUUCAAUGCCCUUGCUGAUGGAAGGAGGGUUUCACUCAAAAUCUCACGAUACAUGGCCCCAUUCAUUCUUUCCUUUACACGGAUCAGUGGUCCUGGUCCCUUUGCAGAAAAACAGCCCCAAAGCAUGAUGUUUCCAACCCCAUGCUUCACAGUAGGUAUGGUGUUCUUUGGAUGCAACUCAGCAUUCUUUGUCCUCCAAACAUGACGAGUUGAGUUUUUACCAAAAAGUUAUAUUUUGGUUUCAUCUGACCAUAUGAGAUUCUCCCAAUCCUCUUCUGGAUCAUCCAAAUGCACUUCAGACGGGCCUGGACAUGUACUGGCUUAAGCAGGGGGACACGUCUCGCACUGCAGGAUUUGAGUCCCUGGCGGUGUAGUGUGUUACUGAUGGUUGGCUUUGUUACUUUGGUCCCAGCUCUCUGCAGGUCAUUCACUAGGUCCCCCCGUGUGGUUCUGGGAUUUUUGCUCACCGUUCUUGUGAUCAUUUUGACCCCACGGGGUGAGAUCUUGCGUGGAGCCCCAGAUCGAGGGAGAUUAUCAGUGGUCUUGUAUGUCUUCCAUUUCCUAAUAAUUGCUCCCACAGUUGAUUUCUUCAAACCAAGCUGCUUACCUAUUGCAGAUUCAGUCUUCCCAGCCUGGUGCAGUUCUACAAUUUUGUUUUUGGUGUCCUUUGACAGCUCUUUGGUCUUGGCCAUUGUGAAGUUUGGAGUGUGACUGUUUGAGGUUGUGGACAGGUGUCUUUUAUACUGAUAACAAGUUCAAACAGGUGCCAUUAAUACAGGUAACGAGUGGAGGACAGAGGAGCCUCUUAAAGAAGAAGUUACAGGUCUGUGAGAGCCAGAAAUCUUGCUUGUUUGUAGGUGACCAAAUACUUAUUUUCCACCAUAAUUUGCAAAUAAAUUCAUAAAAAAUCCUACAAUGGGAUUUUCUGAAUUUUUUUUUCUCAAUUUGUCUGUCAUAGUUGACGUGUACCUAUGAUGAAAAUUACAGGCCUCUCUCGUCUUUUUAAGUGGGAGAACUUGCACAAUUGGUGGCUGACUAAAUACUUUUUUUCCCCACUGUAAACUGAACAGUACCGGACCCAAAAUUGAACCUUUUGGAAUGCCACAUGUGAAAUGUAUUUUCUCUGAGUUAUGUUCACCAAGGGUGACAAAAAACUCUCAACCAGUUAAAUAGGUCCUAAACCAAUUUAGAACUGGACCAGAGAGGCCAACCCACCUCUCCAGUCUGUCCAGAAGGACAUCAUGGUCAACAGUGUCGAAUGCAGUACUUACAUUUAAGAGUACAAGGACAGAGAGCUGUUUGGCAUCAGUGUUGGCUCUAAGAUCAUUUACCACUGUCAAGAGUUGCUGUAGGUAGGUGUGGUGUGGAAUCAGGCGCAGGACGCAGAAGUAAAGUCCAACAAAAUACUUUAGUAGAUCACACAAAAAUAAUCCAAAACCAGCCCGGAGGCGAGAAAAGCGCGCACAGGCGUACACAAACGGGCGCACUAAACAAGUGCGUAAUCUUCUCCUAAACACAAACAAGGAGGUAAGCUACAAAAUAGCGCACCAAAUACAGGUAGCGCAGCAACACGACAAGGAACAAUUACACACAACACCUAACUAACAACAAGGAACUAAAUAGGGUGCUUAAUGAGACAUAACACAAAACAGGUGUGACAAACAGACAAAACCAAUCAAACAAGAAACAUAGAACGGUGGCAGCUAGUACUCCGGAGACGACGACCGCCGAAACCUGCCCGAACAAGGAGGAGGGGCCGCCUCGGCCGAAACCGUGACAACCACUUUAACAAAGGCUGUCUCUGUGCUGUGGUGGGCCCGAAAACCAGAUUGGAAUUUUUCAAAAAUACAGUUGGCACUUAAAAAAAUAAUUUAGCUGUUUGAAAACCAAUUUCUCCAGAAUUUUGCUUAAGAAUGGAAGGUUGGAGAUUGGCCGUAAAUUGCUAAGAGCUGAAGAAUCUAGAUUACUUUUCUUCAGAAGGGGUUUCACCAUAGCAGUUUUUAGUGCAGUGGGAAAAGUGCCUGUGAACAGGGAGUGAUUAACAAUAGCUUGCACUUCUUCAGAUAUGCAAUUAAAAAACUGUUUUGAAGAAGGUGGUGGAGGGAUAGGAUCGAGAAGGCAGGUAGAAGACUUAAGUUGUGAUAUCACUUUCCUGAGCAUGUCUGUGUCAACCAGGGAAAAUAAAUCCAUAGUGCCUUUGUGAGGUAGGCUAGGGCACAUAUCAUCAAACUUCUAAUCAGGUAUUGCUUGACUGAUACCCAGCCUAAUGUUUGUCAUCUUAUCUCUGAAAUAUGCCGCAAACUCAUCACAUUUAGAUGUGGAGGAAAGUUCAUAUAGGUUUGUGGGGGUAGGAUCUAUCAGGCCAUCAAUGGAUGAGAAGAGCACUCUCUAAUUAUUCUGAUUAUUAGUGAUGAAGUUAGAAAAAUGAGCCCAUUUGGCAUUUCUAAUUGCCUUGUUAAAUAUGCCAAGAUGUUGAUGAUGAUCUCUUUAAUUUAUUAGCCCGUCCUUGUUUUGCAGAUGUGAACGAGUGUGAGGGGAGCAACCCCUGUCAGCACCAGUGCUACAACAUCAUGGGCUCCUUCAUCUGCCAGUGUGAGGAGGGUUAUGAGCUAGCCUCCAACCAAGCCUCCUGCCAAGGUACUGCACACACUGUUAGAGUGAGUGAAAGAGUGAGUGAGUGUGUGUGUGUGUGUGUGUGUGUGUGUGUGUAUGUGUGGGGAUGGAGGGCUGGUUGUGCAUCCCCUCAUCGAACAAAGCUAACACUGACAUGCAUCUUGCUAUCUUAAUGGGAACAUGCAUUUACUAUCCAAUGAAUUUUUGCCAUUAUACACUGAGUAUACAAAACAUUAAGAACACCUGGACUGGCCAAGUGAAUCCAGGUGAAAGUUAUGAUCCCUUAUUGAUGUCACUUGUUAACUCCACUUCAAUCAGUGUAGAUGAAGGGGAGGAGACUGGUUAAAUAAGGAUUUUGAAGCCUUCAGACAUGGAUUGUGUAUGUGUUCCAUUUAGAGGGUGAAUGGGCAAGACAAAAGAUUUAACAGCCUUUGAACGGGGUAUGGUAGUAGGUGCCAGGCGUAUCGGUUUAUGUCAAGAACUGCAACGCUGCUGGGUUUUUUCCGCGUGUAUCAAGAAUGGUCCACCACCCAAAGGACAUCCAGCCAACUUGAUACAACUGUAGGAAGCAUUGGCGUCAACAUGGGCCAGCAUCCCUGUGGAAUGCUUUCAACACAUUGUAGAGUCAUGCCACGAUGAAUUGAGGCUGCUCUGAGGAGGGGGUGUGUGCAACUCAAUAUUAGGAAGGUGUUCCUAAUGUUUGGUAUACUCAGUGUAUAUUUAUCAGUACCUUAAUGUAUUCUGAUACAAUUUCACAAUCCCUACCACUCACACCUAAUAUUUUAUUUCCUGAGAAGUUUCUGUCAGCCUCCUCCCCCUUAAGGGUUGACUGUGUAAUAUUUAUCUAUUCGUAGAUAUCGACGAAUGCGCCUUCUCGAGUUACAUGUGCCAGUGGCAGUGCGUGAAUCAGCCCGGAGGGUAUGUCUGUGCCUGUCCUGAGGGAUACCAGCUCCAAGACAACCGAAUGUGCCAAGGUAAAUAGGCCUGUUUCAACUAGUAUAAUAUCUAGCCCUCUCUUACACCAGCAGCAAGUCGUACGUCAUAAUGCUGAAUCUCAAUACCUUUUACCUGAAUUCCCAAUGAUUACUCAUUGGCUUUAGGCCUAGAUUUUUACUUGUAUCUUGGUAUAAAGUCAGUAUUGACACUUGAUUGAUUAACUAACAGUCCACGAGAUAGUUGAAGCUACGCAUUGUUUGUUUACAAAGACUACAAGACAGUUGUACUAAGCUCAUAAGCUAUUUUAAGUUAUUUUCUUAUUGAAAUGACCUUUGACUACAUUUUCUUCUCUCAGUAACUACAUUUUCUCUCCAUGAACAGACAUAGAUGAGUGUGAAACAGGAAACAACUGCCGCGAGGACGAGAUGUGUUGGAACUACUUUGGCGGUUUCCGCUGCUACCCCAGGAACCCUUGCCGCGAGCCCUACGUGAAGACAGGAGAGGGGUGAGUAUGGUCCAGUGAAAUGCAUAAUGAUAAUCACAUGAUGAGUAACCUUGACUGGGACCUGAAGUCUUAGCGGGCUAACACAGACUUGUGGGGUGCAGGAGACCCAGGUUCAAAUCCAGUUGGUUACAUAGUAUACAUAGUAUGGGUCCUUAAAUGACCACAGACAGAACGGAGUGGCUGCAUGACCUUUGUUUGCUGACGGCACGACGAUGGUAGGCCCAUGGCCCAUGGGAAGAUGUUUUGGGGUGGGGGUGCUGUCAGCGGGAGCGGGGGGGGGGGGGGGGGGGGGUGAAGCAUGGUGAAGUUAGGAUGGUGUAUCAAUACACCCAGUCACUACAAAGAUACAGGCGUCCUUCCUAUCUCAGUUGCCGUAGAGGAAGGAAAUCGCUCAGGGAUUUCACCAUGAGGCCAAUAGUGACUUUAAAACAGUUAGAGUUUAAUGGCUGUGAUAGGAGGAAACUGAGGAUGGAUCAACAACAUUGUAGUUACUCCAUAAUAAUAACCUAAUUGACAGAGUGAAAAGAAGGAAACCUGUACAGAAUAAAAAUAUUACAAAACAUGAAUACAAAGUGUUAUGUUUGGGGCAAAUCCAAUACAACACAUUACUGAGUACCACUCUCCAUAUUUUCAAGCAUAGUGGUGGCUGCAUCAUGUUAUGGGUAUGUUUGUAAUCAUUAAGGACUGGGGUGUUUCAAGAUAAAAAAAUUAAUGGAUUGGAGCUAAGCACAGGCAAAAUCUUAGAGGAAAACCUGGUUCAGUCUGUUUUCCACCAGACACUGGGAGAUUAAUUCACCUUCCAGCAGGACAAUAACCUAAACACAAGGCCAAAUCUACACUGAAGUUGCUUACCAAGAAGACAGUGAAUGUCCCUGAGUGGCCGAGUUACAGUUUUGACUUAAAAAGUUUAUACUUUAAAAUCUAUGGCAAAACCUGAAAAUGGUUAUUUAGCAACGAUAAACAACCAAUUUGACAGAGCUUCAAGAAUUUUGAAAAGAAUAAUGGGCAAAUGGUGCAGAAUCCGGGUGUGGCAAGCUCUUGGAGACUUUUUUCUUCUAAAAAAAUGUUUUCACUUUGUCAUUAUGGGGUAUUGGGUGUCGAUUGGUGAGAAAAAAAACAAUUUAAUCCAUUUUGAAUUCAGGCUGUAAAACAACAAAAUGUGGAAUAAGUCAAUGUGUAUGAGUUAUUUCUGAAGGCACUGUACGCUGCUGCUAAUGUUUAUUAUUUAUCCUGUUGCCUUGUCACAUUACUCCUAGUUAUAUGUUCAUAUCUACCUUAGUUACCUCGUACCCCAGCACAUCGACUCGGUACUAGUACCCCGUGUAUGUAGCCAAGUUAUCCUUAGUCAUUGUGUGUUUAUAAUUACUUUUAUUAUUACGUGUUAUUACUUUUCUAUUAUUUCUCUAUUUUCUUUCUCUCUGCAUUGUUGGGAAGUAAGCAUUUCACUGUUAGUCUACACCUGUUGUUUACGAAGCAUGUGACGAAUAACAUUUGAUUUGAUUUUGAGGAUACCUUUGCCUGUGCACUAAACAACCUUACGCAUGUGUUACUUUACGCAAAAAAAACUUUACGUAGCUGCUGCUGCUCCCUCACUCAACCUUCCAGUUAAUUCUCACUUAGGCUAUACCUCUGAGGGAUGAAACAUUUCCCAAAAAUUAGGAGGACAUGAUCGACAUGAUGUAUAAACUCAUUUGUCUGUUGUAACUGUAAGGUUAAGAUUACAUCAUUGCAAACAUAAGCAGGAGGCAGCCAGGCAGUGUACGUAGUGUUAUUUUUUCUGCUUUUCAGUCAGUAUCUAGGCAACAACAUUAGUGGGGGGUUACAGACAGCAUGGACCACAUGGAUAAAAGUGUCAGCUAAAAUAACCUCAUAGCUAAAACCACAUGUAUUAAAGUACUAAAAUGACCAUUUACACAAAACCACAUGGACCACAUCAAUAAAAGUGCUAGCAAAAAAAAAACACAUACUGUAGACAAAACCACAAGUGUCUGCUAAAAUGACCACAUAGCUAAAACCACAUAGGCCACAUGUAUAAAAAUAUCUGCUAACAUGACCACAUCCAAUGGUUCUCUCUGUCUCUGCAUGUCCAUAGGCGUUGCAGCUGCCAGUCGCCCACAAUGUGCCGAGGCCUGCCGCCGUCCAUUGUCUACAAGUACAUGAGCAUCUCGUCGGAGCGUUCCGUCCCAGCCGACAUCUUCCAGAUCCAGGCCACGAGCGUCUACCCUAACAUGCACAACACCUUCAGGGUCAAGUCUGGCAACGAGGGAGGGGAGUUCUUCCUCAGGGUGAGCCCAGAGAUGUUUCAGUCACUCACCAGGCAUUAAUAUUACCGUCAUUACCGUCAUUACCGCAUUUGUUACUUGCUUCUCUACCUAAGUGGUAGCAUAAUUGAAUGAUCUCUCAUCUGCUGUGUCAUUUAAACACUUAUUUGAGGUAGGGGUUGGUUUCAAAUGUUUUGGCUGCCCUUUGCUAUUUAGGGAAUAUCGUGUGAGAUUGCAUUUUGAGUGGACCGUCCCUUUAAUUAAAUAAUAUUUUGACUUCCACUCAUUGCUAUCCCUUCCCCUUAAAUGGAUAGCUCACACACAUUUCCCACUUACAUCAUUAUUAUUGGAUACCUAAAAAGUAGUUUAUAGGUAGGUUUGAAGCUAAUAUUCUAAUAUUCGCACCAGAAAUGAUGGAAAUUUUACCGGCAGUGGUGUGUUUUUUAUCAAACGGACUUCUUGCGACUAAAAAGCUGUGCGUAAUGACGCAGUGCAAGGAAGUAAAAGGGUGCUUUGUCGUGUAACUUUUAAUUUACCAAAAUGAAAAACAGUUCUAUGCGUUUCCAUCCCACUUUUAACUUUGUUGAUAGUUUUGGCACAAAAAGUCUGCGAUAAACAGCAAAUGUGGUGUUCUUAUUCCAGCCAACAGCUCGUAGAUACUGUACAUAAUGCAGAGGAUACAUAAUGAGAUUAUAGCUAAGCGUGAGAUCAUUUUUAUUUGUCAAUUGGCAGCCAAGCACCGAUCAUCAUGUCACCAGCAUACAAAUUAAGACCCUCGAUAUUUAUUGGAAAGGAGCAUCAAGCUCAUCACUGUGAACUUUCACCACUCUGUAAAAUGUAUCAUUACUUAUUUAAUAUGUAGCCUAAUAAACAGUGCAUGUUUUUCCAAGUUGUAGUAGAAGGACCCUACAACAUAGCAUCUUGUGACUGUAAGUUUACUGCGACAAAUGCGCAAAAAAAAGUGUUUUCACUGCAAUUUGUUGCAUUAUCUAUUUCACCGACAAAAUAAUUAUCCACCCCAGUCUAGCGUAUUUUGUUCUAUCAACAUUUUAGGAAUGUUUAUCAACAAUUGCUGUUUCCAUCAGGCCUGUCAUGCAUUGUUUUAUCCAACAGGUACUUUACUCGCAUAAAAAUGGUUGGAUGGAGACAUGGUUUGUGGACCCGGAGGGUCAGCGACCCCAGAUUUGGACAUUAGUAUUAACAUCAAUGAGUGUAAAAUAAUGCUAGUGGUAGGACCCUUGUUAGCAUCCUCAGAACAUGCUAACCUAAAUAAUCCCUUUAACCUACCAGCGCUCCAGUAACGUCAGUGCCAUGCUGGUGAUGACCAAGCCGCUGACCGGACCGCGGGAGCACGUGGUCGACCUGGAGAUGGUCACCCACAACAAUGUCCUCAACUACCGCUCCAGCUCUCUGCUCCGACUCACCAUCAUCGUGGGACCCUAUGCCUUCUAAGUUCCAGUUACAAAUUGCUCUUAGGCACAGAUCUUAGAUCAGUUUACCCGUCCCCAUAUCUCAUAUUAUCCAUUAGAAGAUCACAUGCAAAACUGGCCUUAGAUCAGUGCCUAGGGGCACUUUCAUCCUACUCAGCCCUCUUACUCCCUGCCAGACACUCACAAGGCCUAACAAAGUGUGUAGUCCUUUCUUGGAGAAGGAAGAUUGGAUAAUUUGCAGUGAAAACCAACACACACACAGAGCACAUACUGGAGGAGCAGGAGGGUGAAAUAGCCAGGCCACAAUAUAGUCACUUUAUGCAUCACUGGCUAACGAUAAACAUUCUAAGAGCAUAACGUGACUUAAAUUGAACACAACUCCUUCUUAUUCAUCCCUUGCUAAACGUACGUAUUGCACUGUAGUAAGAGAAUGAGUUCUCGUUACAUUGAAAUCUUUGUGAAAUCUCUCAACCUUAGUCUAGUCGAGAUGUGUUUUCCUGCAGAGAAAUGACCAGUGUUUGAAAUCACAC